AUGGCAAAUCCAAUAAACGCAUCCGAAGCCUUCCCACUUUGGGACAACGAACCUAUCGACAAUGCCUUCACGUUCACUAAACCCAACAACUCUCUCGACCACGCCGUAGUAACAGAAGUAUCCCGCCCCUGGCUCCUCAGCUUCGCAUCCGCGGCAACCCCAUCCAAUGGCCGCGCGGUACUCAUCCUCGGCGGAGGCGGCUACACCCAACUCAUGGUCGGCCGCGAAGGCGUCGCCGUCGCAAAAUGGCUGUCUACCAUCGGUUUUCGCGCCUUUGUCCUCAUCCACAGAUUCCCAAAUGCCCAGUCCAGCCCGAAGGCACCCAUAGAUGACGCACGGCGGGCACUCAACAUCAUCCAAGAGAAGGGCUUUGCGACGAAUGGGCUAGGCGUAUGCGGAUUGAGCUCGGGAGGCCACCUCGCUGCAAGUUUGCUCGCGUCGUACCCGUCAGCUUGGACGUCUCCCGCUUCUUCAGCGAACUUACCGAAACUCGACUUCGCGAUCAUAGGCUAUGCACCUAUCUCUACAAACGCGAAAGGGCGCACUAUCAUCCCCGAUAAGGCACCACUUGAGCCGCCAGAGAAGCAGGCGCUGUAUGAUGCGCUGCAGCCGGAUGUCCAGCUCCUGGACGAUGUUCCGCCAACGUUUAUCGUAUAUGCAGGCAACGAUGAAGUUGUGCCCGUGGUUAAUGCGUAUAGGCUGGCGGAGGGACUGUGGAAGAAAGGGACGCAGGUCGAAUUGCAUGUUUUCGCAGACGCGCCGCAUGGUUUUGGAUUAGAUACGGCGGAGUUGCCAGUAUCCACGUGGCCAGGAUUGUGCGAGGCGUGGUUGAGGCAAAAAGGACUACUGGACUAA